GGGUUGUAUCCGGGGUGUCGGCUACGCAAAGGAUCCAAACAGCGAGCAACGUAAGACCGGCCAUUUUACAAGGGUGCGGAGAAAGGCCAGAAUGGAGUAUAAAACCCAUCCCGGGGACCGCGAGGGCGGGGAAGGUGAGCUUGGGUAUCCCGGUUUCUGACAACGUCUUCUCCACGAGAAAAUGAAGUUCUCACUCCCCUUUCUCGCAGCCGUGGUCGAGGCGGCUGUCAUCGGACGCAGCUGUGAUGGCCCGACGCCUGGCGAGGAUGGUCGGUACACCAUCUCCUCGGACGGCAUCAAGGCGCAGUUCAUCCCGUACGGCGCCACCCUGACGAACCUGUUCGUCAAGGACAAGAACGGCGAGGAUAUCGACGUGGUGCUCGGCUACGACGAUGUUGAAUACUACCCCGAGGACCCGGGCCACCCGGUCUACAACGCCAUUCCCGGCCGGUAUGCCAACCGCAUUGGCAACGGCAGGUACACGCUCGACAACGUGACGUACGAGACGGAGCUGAAUGACGGCAACAACACGCUGCACAGCGGCACCAACAACUGGUCGUACCGCGUGUGGAACGUCACCGACUUCAAGGACGACUCCAUCACCUUCUCCAUCCUGGACGCCUCCAACUCGUCCCAGGGCAUGCCCGGUAGCGUCCAGUCGUCCGUCACCUACUCGGUGAAGGGCUCGACCUGGAACAUCAAGAUGACCGCCGAGGCGCUCGACCAGAAGACUCCCCUCCUGCUCACCCAGCACACCUACUUCAACCUGGACGCGUACCGCAACCCGGACACGGCCAAGGUCUGGGACCACACGCUGCACGCGCCGUACUCGAAGCGCUACCUCGAGGCGGACCAGAGCGCUCUCCCGACGGGUGAGAUCCUGACGGCGGAGCCCAACUCGAUCAACGACUUCGCGUCGGCGCCCGGCCUGAAAGUCGGACACGCGCGCGACCAGCCCGGGUUCGAGGGCAACUGCGGCGCCGACGGCGCGUGCGAGGGCUACAACGGCUACUGGCUGAUCGAGGACGCGCCCGAGGACGCCGUCGUCGUGACCCUCGCCAGCGAGUUCUCGGGCGUCAAGGCCGAGCUCCGCACCGACCAGCCCGGCGUCGUCCUCUACUCGUGCAACUGGAUGGACGGCACCGCCGACCUCAAGAGCACCCAGGGUAUCGAGGGUGUCAAUGAGAAGGUCAUUCGCAGCAGCUGCAUCGCCAUCGAGGCUCAGGACUACCCGGAUGGUAUCAACCACCCCGAGUGGGAGCGCACCGAUGCGCAAAUCUGGGGCCCCGGCGAGACGUACAACUGGGAGAGCUCGUGGACCUUUGGUCUCGUUGAAUAAGGGCAGACGAUAGGUACCUAGGUAGAGAGGCAAUGCAAUCUGGAAAGGGUUGAAUGUUGGUAAGGUGUACAGUGAAAUUUACAGUGGUUUAACACUGCCUACCGAGCUAGGUACCUCGGGUUCGGUAAUUCCUUGUCCCAAAGGAAUGGAAACUCAUCAUCCCGCCCAAACAUGAACAAUGUUCAAAUCUGGUGCCAAAAGCCGAGGUGGUUAUCCUCCACCUCAAUUAGCAAACCGUUUUUUCCUAAAUCUUGCCUUCCUUUUUUCAAGCACAAUCUCUUCUUAGCCGUCAACUUCCGAUCCCACAACCGCAUUGAACUUUGAAGUACUGAAUACCUGACCUGUA